CGUAAUUUGAUAGGUUUACUUACCUUGUCAGACAGAUAUAAAGGUAAGCGACUGGCACAGUUUAUCCAUUCCCGCAGGAGAGAGCAAACUCACGGCUACAACAAAUCUUCACAACUGGAAAGAUCCUUUUUUUUAAGCAUAUUUCCUUUAAAAGAUGGGAGUUGAUACGAAUAUAAGCAAAAUUUUGCUUGGUGACACUCAAAAUAUUCAAAAAUAUAUUAAAAAGAAUUCACAAAAAAUUAACGAAAUAAGUUCACAAGGUGUGACAUAUCUGAUGGCAGCUUGCCAAGUGGGCAAAGCAGAUCUUAUAAGUUUCUUAAUCGAGGCUGGAGCUGAUUUGGAUAUGAAGGGUGGAGAUGGCAAAACAGCUCUUGAUCAUGCUGUGGAGUGCAAUAAGCGUGAUGCUGUGGCCCUUCUGGUUUCCAAGGGAAUCAAUAUUAACAAGCAGGACUUACAAGGCAACACACCUCUCCAUACGGCUGUGAAGAAGAACUGUAGAGAUGUAGUUGAAUUUUUGUUAAAUGGCUCAGCAAACAACAUUUUACAGGUAAAUCAUCAAAAUAACGAUGGUGAUACACCACUCCACCUGGCCUGUGCUCGUGGACACACACACGUUGUUGGACAUCUACUGAAGAAGUCUGGCAUUAACGUAAAUACGGCGAAUAAUGAUGGUGAAACGCCAUUACUUUUCGCUAGUGCUGAUGGACACACAGAAAUUGUUAAACAUCUGUUGAAGAAAUCUAGCAUUAACGUAAAUGCGGCAAAUAAUGAUGGUGAAACGCCAUUACAUCUGGCCAGUGCUCGUGGACACACAGAAAUUGUUAAACAUCUGUUGAAGAAGUCUGACAUUGACGUCCGUAUGGUAAAUAAAUACGGCAACACAGCUUUACAUCGGACAUGUAUAAAUGGACAGAUAGAGACUUUUAAACUUCUACUGCAGCAAUCUGGAAUGGUCGUCAGCGUAAAGAAUAAGAACGGUGACACACCUCUAUCUCUGGCAUCCGCUUGUGGACACCUAGAGGUUGUUGAACAUCUACUGAAGCAGUCUGAUGUUGAUGUAAAUGCUGAGGAUAAUGAUCGGAACACACCACUACAUCUCGCCUCUAUGAAGGGACACCUAGCGACUGUUGAACAUCUACUGAAGCAGUCUGAUGUUGAUGUAAAUGCUGAGGAUAAGGAUCGGGACACACCACUACAUCUCGCCUCUAUGAAGGGACACCUAGAAACUGUUAAACAUCUACUGAAGCAGUCUAGCAUUAACGUAAAUGCGGCAAAUAAUGAUGGUGAAACGCCAUUACAUCUGGCCAGUGCUCGUGGACACCUAGAGAUUGUUGAACAUCUACUGAAGCAGUCUGAUAUUGAUGUAAAUGCUGAGGAUAACGAUCGGAACACACCACUACAUCUCGCCUCUAUGAAUGGACACCUAGCAACUGUUGAACAUCUACUGAAGCAGUCUAGCAUUAACGUAAAUGCGGCGAAUAAUGAUGGUGAAACGCCAUUACAUUUCGCUAGUGCUUAUGGACACACAGAAAUUGUUAAACAUCUGUUGAAGACAUUUGAUACUGAUAUAAAUGCUGAGGAUCAUGAUCGGGACACACCACUACAUCUCGCCUCUAUUAACGGACACCUAGCGACUGUUGAACAUCUACUGAAGCAGUCUAGCAUUAACGUAAAUGCCGCGAAUAAUGAUGGUGAAACGCCAUUACAUCUGGCCAUUGCUGAUGGUCACACAGAAACUGUUAAACUUCUACUGAAGAAGUCUAGCAUUAACGUAAAUACGGCGGAUAAUGAUGGUGAAACGCCAUUACUUUUCGCUAGUGCUGAUGGACACACAGAAAUUGUUAUACAUCUGUUGAAGAAGUCUGACAUUGACGUCCGUAUGGUAAAUAAAUACGGCAACACAGCUUUACAUCGGGCAUGUAUAAAUGGACAGAUAGAGACUUUUAAACUUCUACUGCAGCAAUCUGGAAUGGUCGUCAGCGUAAAGAAUAAGCACGGUGGCACACCUCUAUAUCUGGCUUGCGCUCGUGGACACCUAGAGAUUGUUGAACAUCUACUGAAGCAGUCUGAUAUUGAUGUAAAUGCUGAGGAUAACGAUCGGAACACACCACUACAUCUCGCCUCUAUGAAUGGACACCUAGCAACUGUUGAACAUCUACUGAAGCAGUCUAGCAUUAACGUAAAUGCGGCGAAUAAUGAUGGUGAAACGCCAUUACAUUUCGCUAGUGCUUAUGGACACACAGAAAUUGUUAAACAUCUGUUGAAGACAUUUGAUACUGAUAUAAAUGCUGAGGAUCAUGAUCGGGACACACCACUACAUCUCGCCUCUAUGAAAGGACACCUAGCGACUGUUGAAAAUCUUCUGAAUCAGUCUAGCAUUAAUGUAAAUGCGGCGAAUAAUGAUGGUGAAACGCCAUUACAUCUGGCCAGUGCUGAUGGACACACAGAAAUUGUUAAACAUCUGUUGAAGAAGUCUGACAUUGACGUCCGUAUGGUAAAUAAAUACGGCAACACAGCUUUACAUCGGGCAUGUAUAAAUGGACAGCCAGAGACUUUUAAACUUCUACUGCAGCGAUCUGGUAUGGUCGUCAGCGUAAAGAAUAAGCACGGUGGCACACCUCUAUAUCUGGCUUGCUCUCGUGGACACCUAGAGAUUGUUGAACAUCUACUGAAGCAGGCUGAUGUUGAUGUAAAUGCUGAGGAUAAUGAUCGGGACACACCACUACACUUCGCCUCUAUGAAGGGGCACCUAGCGACUGUUGAACAUCUACUGAAGCAGUCUAGCAUUAAUGUAAAUGCGGCGAAUAAUGAUGGUGAAACGCCAUUACAUUUCGCUAGUGCUUGUGGACACACAGAAAUUGUUAAACAUCUGUUGAAUAAGUCCGACAUUGACGUCCGUAUGGUAAACAAAUAUGGUAACACUCCCCUACAUCGGGCAUGUAUGAAGGGAGACCUAGAAACUGUUGGACAUCUACUGAAGCAGUCUAGCAUUAAUGUAAAUGCGGCGAAUAAUGAUGGUGAAACGCCAUUACAUUUCGCUAGUGCUUAUGGACACACAGAAAUUGUUAAACAUCUACUGAAGAAGUGUGGCAUUGGCGUAUGUAUGGUAAAUAAAUCUGGUGACACACCGCUACAUCGGGCAGUUGUCAGGCAAGACUAUGAUGUCGUGGCAUUGAUGCUAUCCCAGGAUUCAGUGAAAUUGAACAUAACAAACUGUGAUAAUAUGACACCAUUUCUUCAAGCUGUCUCUUGCGGCAACUUCAGAAUAAUGCAGGAAUUCAUUUCUAAAGGAGCAGACGUAAAUGUGGUCGAUGGUAACGGAAACAAUUGUCUUCACCUUGCGGUGAGGAAAGAGGAGUUCCAUUCUGAGGAUGAAUCCUUAACCGUCUUCGAUAAGUACUACAAGAAGCUCCAGCUUAGCAAAGGAGGCAAGCCUUCAGGUCUAGCAGUGGCUUGUUAUCUGGCCGACAAUGGAGCCAACUUUUACCACAGAAACGAACGGAAUGUGAUGCCGCUGGAUCUUAUCAAGGAUACAAAUUUAAAGGAAAAAAUUAAAACACUUUUCCCACUUCCGGUGACAGUAUUUACUGAAAAUGUCGCGAUUGACCAAUGUCAUUUUUGCAAAGGUGAUAAAGACACAGAGAGAGUUCACCCUUGUGGACAUGUUGUAAUAUGUAAUGAUUGCUGUCGCAAAAGUCCAUCUAAACAGUGUCCCCAGUGUCAAGUUACGAUUAACGAAAGUGGAUUCGAGGCUUCAGAAUUUAUGGAGAAGGCCCCGAAGGUAUCACGUAGUUCACAGAUUUUAUCACAGCAAGUCAAUCCUCAAAUUCUUAGUGGAAAACUUCUUGCGAGGGUGUCAAAGAAAUUAGCAUUUGGAUGGCAGCCAGUUGGAAGAGAAUUAAACAUUCCAUCGUGGACAUUGGAUUGUAUUAAGCAUGAUUUUAGUCAAAGUAUGGAAAGACAAGGCCUCCAGAUGCUAUUUGAGUGGUUUAUAAGUAGUGAUCCACAGGAAUGUACACUUGAAAUUUUGAGAAAAGCUUUGACAAAAUGUGAGUGUUACGAUGCACUUCGAUGUUGCUCUUAGUCUCAGAGCAACCAAAUAGACACCUAGGAUCAAAUGCUUUCCAGUCUUUAUCUUUAAUGUGGAUAGCUCAGAAACGCAUUGUCCAAUGUAUUCUUCUUAACGGAGAUAAGGUGUGAAUUGUAGUGGAUUUGGCUACUACUUCUAGUAGAUCUAUUCACCACAAAGAAAUCCCUUUACUGGUAUGGCUCCCCUGUUGUUAGAGAUUAACUUUUGAAAUAAAGUUAAAUUUUGAACUGUUCA